AUUGCCAUGCAUGCAAUAACUAUAUUUUUUAUAUGAAAAAUCACUCAAUUUGCUUCCGUUGUUUCUGCAUGAGCUACUUUCGAACGCUGUCGGUUUGAGAUAUUUGAGACGAGUGCGUUAAACAAGCUUUGCCAGUGAAAAGUAUAAUACAAACAAAAAAGGAACAAACUAAAAUGAAGCUUACACAGGUAUUGUGUAAACAUCACAUAGGCAGGACCAUUAGACAAAUGUGGUAUCAGCGACGGCAGCGCAAGGUGACCGAGACCGAGACAGAGCGGCACCUGUCACAGUUCAGGAUCCAGAUCAAGGAUGCUCUUGAUCUGAUUAAACCAAAAGUAGAACGCGAAAACAUAGAGCUCCCACCCCGACCACCAAGAGUGACAUAUGACGAAACGCAUCCUGCCUGGAAGACCCGCACUUGCCUGAUAGUCAGGGAUCACAACGUUCUGCAAGAAGGAUUGCCCCAAGCACAGAUACUGACGAACACCAUAAGCCUCUCAGACCUUCCGAGUUCCAUCGAGGACUCGCUCCCGGAUCUGCCGGGGCAUGUGGACGAUAUAGUGAAAAGAGCGAUUUACAAUUCGAGCAUAUUCGAUGCUUAUCAGGAGAAACUGCCAGUAAAGAAGGAUCCUUUGCGACCCGCGUGGGUGUUUCCCAGAGAUUUUGGCAUCAGCAACGGCAGAAGAAUGCGGAACCUGUCCAGGAAAUUCUUGCAGAUCUGCGAGUCCAUAUCCGGCCCGAGUGUCGCGGAGAAACGAUGCAUACUGUACAACGAGCCGAUGAAAUUGAGCUUCGACAAGGAGACGGACCUCAUCCAGUUUAAAUUAAAAUCGGACGUGGUGAUUAUGUCGGCGAGCCCCCUGAAGUCGAUAGACGAUCCCGACAGUCACGUGGAAAUUGAUCUGCCGAGCAUAUAUCCGUUGCAUCACACCAUCAGCUUGGACAAGACGAACUUCUAUCGCACCGAGGACGUGUAUCCGAUUCGAAGUGUCAACAUAUUGUCGCCGUGGAAGAACGUCCACACGAUCUUCGCGUUCCACAAUCCGCGGAAAGUGCGGAACCUGACGGAGCUGGCGGUCACGGAGAGCCAGAUCGCCGGCUGCACCAUGAUAAAGUCGUACACCGCGGCGGCGUCCUGCGCGCGGUACCGAUUCGGCGCGUCCGUGACGGAACUGCCGGAACCGGUAACCGUGCAGGCCGUUCAGACGGACGGCAGGCGCUACCAGUUCUUCGUCUUUCAACUGAACUCGCUGGACGUGAACGACGCCGGCGUGAAGAACUUCUGGUACACGCUGCCGCCGUUGGCGCUCUACGAGAAAGCCCAGUACGACGACGGCAGGCCCGUGCUCGAGGGCUACAAUCCGGAGGUGUUCAGGCGAAUAGUCGCGUUCUACAGGAACGGAAGUUAAAUAAAAUUGAGUAUCUCUGA